AUCCAUUUCGAGGUUCCCUACUUUUUAAAGAAAAAGCACAGGAACAUCAAUUUUAAUGGGGAAUGUUUAAUGUGAUUCGAAGGAACAUUCUUUGGCUUUUAAUUUUGGCCGCGACGACGUUUCAGAUGGUCCAUCCUUUGAGUCCAAUUUUCGAUGACUCCUUCCAGCAUUUCGACUGGUAACUGGCGAAUGACACUCGUGACGUUUUGCUCCAAGGCCUGAAUCAAAGCGGGAUUGAUCGCAUGGACUUAAGACUUUACAUAUUCCCACAGAAAAAAGUCUAACGGUGUGAUACCACAUGAUCUUGGUGACCAAUCGACCGGCCAAAAACGUGAAAACGUGCUCACCAGAGUGUUCUCUCAAUAAAUCGAUUGAUUGAUGCGGUAUGUGGGAAGGAGCGCCGUUUUGUUGAAACCAAAUGUGGCCGAGAUAACGAGCUUCAAUUUCAGGAAUCUAAUAGCCGGUUAUCUAUCGUGCCAUGACGGUAGAAAUAUGAACUGACAAACACACCACACCACACAUUGUUUUUUCUGAAUGGCAAUUGCAGCUCUUGAAUCUCUUCGUGCAGCUCUUUGUCCCAAAUAUGGCAAUUUUGCUUGUUUACUUACCCCUUGAGCCAAAAUUUAGUAUCAUCACUGAACAAAAUUUGGCUCAAAAACAUCGGCUAUUCUUGGAACUUAUCAAGAACUCAUGGAGCGAAGCGAUGUCUCUUCGGAAGUUCGAUCGACUUCAGUUCUUGCCCAAGCUGUAUUUGGAACGCUUUCAAUUUAAGAGCUCGACGUAAAAUGCGCCAAGGCAUUCGUUAGGUACGUCAAUCCAACUUGCUGCGAACUUCGCCAAAUCGACUCUCCAUGUCAAAAAUCUAUGGACAAAAAAAAUAAAAAAAAAAUUUCAAAUAUUUUAAUAAAAGAAUAAUAUUUUUUCCAAACGUUGGAAGUGAGAUAUGAAAAUUUUCAACUAAUUUUUUUACCCACCCUAAUAUAUAUACUAUUUCUUGCAGUGUAGAAACCUUUGCUGUGUGUGGUUCCAAAUCAAAGCACUUGCUUUCAUUAGAGCCGCGCAACCGUUCGAACCAGUUCCGUCGCCUGAUUAGCAUUACCGGCUUGGCAGCUGAGGCGCCUAACUCAUUUGUUUACCAAUUUACUUGUUAUUGUAUUUAUUGUCACCGACACGGCAGCGAUUUUAGUUUGACACAAACGCGAGCUGUGAUAACAACCAAAUUCCAUUGCGAUGCCACAAAACUUAACACGCGGGUGCCUUAGUGCCCACGAUCAGCAAGUGCUGGAUUCCAUAUUCAAUCCGCUGGAACUCACUUCGAGUGUGGCGCAAGCAAUUGGACCCGAUGCGCACGCCAACCUAGUGGAUGUCGAGCCGGACAGUACAGCAGUGCAGCAAUCCAAGGCGCUGGAGGUGCGCGCCAUCAAGUUGGCGGAGGAAGGCAAGUUGGUGGAAGCGUUGCAGUACUUUGAGCAAGCGAUCGAAGUGGCGCCGACACGCGCCUCUGUUUACAAUAACCGUGCUCAGGCGCUGCGGCUUGUCGGCAGGGAUGAUGAGGCCCUUGCCGAUCUCUCAAAAGCGCUUGCACUUUGCACCGAACAACCGCGCACGAAAUGCACCGCUCUCUGCCAACGCGGCGUGCUCUACAGGAAGCAGAACAAUGUGGAUGCGGCGCGCAAGGAUUUCGAGGACGCGGCGCAUUUGGGCAGCAGCUUCGCCAAAACACAGCUCGUGGAGCUCAAUCCCUUUGCGGCACUUUGCAACCAAAUGCUGCGGCAGGCAUUCGAUCAAUUGAACUAGAAUUUAUUGUUGCUGCAGAAUUUCUAAAUAAAAAUAUACACGCCACAAGCGCGCUGCAGCCAAAUGAA